CCAAGGCUGGCCAGAGACCAGAGGAAACAACCUGAAGGAACUGAAAAACCCAGACCGGUGCCUGCUUGCUCUUGAGUGAGACAGAUCACGGGCGAGUGGGAGGACAGUGACAUCACAAAGCACAGCUCACAAUGGCUCCAGAACACCUGAAUCACCUGGCCACUUUUCCCCAAUUUAUGUCGAUUCCUGAAGACUCUACACAUGUAGUUCCUGGAGCUGCUGUUUUAAAAUGCCAACAUUUCCAACUGCAACCUCUUCCUGGGACAACCUCUUAAGUGCCCUUGCUCGCAGCUCAAUAUGGAAUUGGUUACAAGCAACAUUUGUGGGAGAGACUGCUGUGCCCCAGCCAACCAAUUUGGGGCUACUGGAUAACCUCGCGCCAGCUGUGCAAGUCAUCCUGGGGAUUUCCUUUCUGAUUUUGUUGGCCAUUGGAUUGUUUGCCCUAUGGAAACGAAGUGUUCGGUCCAUUCAGAAAAUAGUGGUGUUUGUAAUUACGCUCUACCAGCUUUACAAGAAGGGCUCAGACUUUUUUCAGGCUUUGCUAGCCAACCCAGAAGGAAAUGGUCGCCAGCUUCCAGACGGUAGUAAUGUCUUUCUGUCUAUGGGUCUGCAAGAGAAAAUUUUGAAAAAGCUUCAGAUGGUGGAAAACAAAGUGAGAGACCUGGAGGGGAUGAUUGUUGCCCAGAAACCUGUGGUGAAGCGAGACUGCUCCUCUGAGCCGUACUGCAGCUGCUCCGACUGCCAGAGCCCCUUGCCCACGUCAGGGUUUACUUCCACAUCGGAAAUGUGACGGACUCCAAUCUUUUCCAGAAAAGCACUGCUUCCCUCACAUGGGCAGUGGUGUAUCAAUAAAAUAGAGAACUAUAUUGA